AUGUCUCAACCGUUAAGAGUAGAUGAUUUUGUAGAUGAACUUCGAAAAUAUGAUAGAAAAGAGGAUUUUAUGGCUGUAAUGAAAUAAUAUGAGCAAAGGUACUUUGAAAUAGAAAUAUAGAUAUUAUGAUUAAUUUGAAUAGUUUGCAAAUAACAAUUUUCCUCCUGAAUUAUAGAGAUAAUAGAGACCAAAAUAAGAAUAUCUAUUUAAAUAAUAACCAUAAUAAUAAAAGCCACCAGUAGUUCGUUCAAAUUCAGCAAAUAAAUUGGAAUACUAAGAUUAAUAUUAAAUAUUUGCAUAAUAGUAAAUAUAAGUACCAUAAAUGGCAUAAAUUCCUUAAAGACCACCAUCUAGAGGUGAAUUAUAAGAUCCUUUUAAGAGACCAUAAGAUCAAUAUGAUUAUAGAUUGAGUCCUGUUGUUUAAUAAGAUCCUUUUAGAGGUUUAAAUAAAUAGUAGUAUAAUUCAUAAUAAAGGAAUCCUACUUAAAUUCCAAAUUAAUAAAUUCCAUUUUCACCAUUUUAAGCUGCUUAAGGAUAAGGUUUAGUAAAUAAUAAUUAAUAAAUGGGCUUACCAUUUGGGAAUUAAGGAGGUGCUAUUAUUAAUCCUUUAUUCCAGAAUUAUGGUUUAUAAUAAUAAUAAUAAUAUGAAUAAGCUUAAUAUUAAUAAUAAAAUGUAUAAUAUCCUAAAACAGGACCAAAUUAAUAAUAAUAAAUGGAUGCUUUUCUUAAUGAGAUAAAAUCUUAAAGAAUUCAAAAGUAAUAAUAAUAUAAAUGA